AUGAUAUUUUCAAAGCUUCAAAGCACUGCCCUGGCGGCAUUUGUCUCACUUUCCGCUUUGGCUCAGGCAGCACCCGGAGCUCGUGUAGUUUCGCGCGAUCUUGCAUUUGAUUACAAUUCCGAAAAAGUUCGAGGUGUCAACCUUGGUGGCUGGCUGGUUUUGGAACCCUGGAUUACACCUUCGCUCUUUGAACAGGCAGGACCCGAUGCCGUUGAUGAAUGGUGUUUGUCCGAAGCUCUCGGCAAUAGUGCACAGGGCACUUUGUCGCAGCACUGGAAUUCGUUCAUCACUGCUGAUGACUUUCACCAGAUCAGUGCUGCUGGCAUGAAUCACGUCCGAAUUCCUGUCGGUUACUGGGCUGUUGUUCCUCAAGGGGGUGAACCUUAUGUCCAGGGCCAGCUUGAUGUGUUAGAUCAAGCUAUCGGGUGGGCUCGUGAUGCAGGCCUGAAGAUUAUUGUAGACUUGCAUGGUGCUCCCGGAUCACAAAAUGGCUUCGACAACAGUGGACGUCGCGGGUCGAUCAACUGGGACAAAGUUCCCGACCAUAUCAGUAUAACUCUGGAUGCCAUCAGUGCCCUUUCUGAACGCUAUGCUACACAGUCCGACGUCGUUACAUCUAUCGAAGCGCUCAACGAGCCCAUGACUGUUAUGGGAGAUGCCGGUGUCAACGUGUGGACCUUGCAGCAAUACUAUUAUGACACUUGGGGUCGUCUACGAGAAGUCAACCAGGACACAGCCUUGACUAUGCACGACGGAUUUCAAGAUAUCAGUUUCUGGAAUGGAUUCAUGGGUCCUAACUCGGGUGUCUGGAACGUGAUGAUGGACACUCAUCAUUACGAGGUCUUUGACAACGGUCUCCUCUCACUCGACAUUUCCGGACACACCCAAGCCGCAUGUGCAUUCGGAAGUAAAGUCACCGCUACCGACAAAUGGACCAUCGUCGGUGAAUGGACCGGAGCCAUGACAGACUGUGCCAAAUACCUCAACGGCCGCGGAGUCGGCGCUCGAUGGGACGGAAGCUUUGGACAAGGAAGUAGCUACCACGGUAGCUGUGAUGGAUAUUMCCAGGGCGAAGUGACAUCCCUCUCUGACGACAGCCGCACCAAUAUCCGUCGCUUCAUCGAAGCUCAAUUGGAUGCGUACGAGAAGCACACCGGCUGGGUGUACUGGACCUGGACUACCGAAGGCGCUCCAGAAUGGGACAUGAAGCGUCAAUUAGCAGCCAACGUGUUCCCUAACCCAGUAACAUCUCGCCAAUUCCCCGGACAAUGCUAG